ACUUGAAAAUCUGUCACAAGGGCGGCGCAGUUUUUCAAUACACGGAACACUCCGAACAUUCAUCCGUCAUUUCGUGUAUUUGACGAUGAUUCUUUUUAACGUAAAUAUGUGAAAGUGAGUUUGAUAUUAAUCUAAGGAUUUCUUUUCGAAGCUUCUAAUAUUUGUGAAACAUAUCAGUUUUAAGAGUAGGGUGCACAGAAUAUGGGCCUAAAAGCAGCUGUCCAAGCUCUGAAGAAAGCUGAACCAUUGAAGGAUAAGGUGCAACGUUGUAAAGAUCUAUUGAAUGAUAAUGAUGCCUGGGUGUGUCAACAGCAACUACAAAAAAUAUAUCAACAAGUACUCAUUUUGGAUCUCGAGUACGCUUUGGACAAGAAAGUUGAACAGGAGCUUUGGAAUCUUGGUUUUAAGAAUUAUAUAGUAACAUUGCAAUCGCAAGCAAAAGAUCGGAAAAAUCCAAAACGUGGAGAAUCUCAAGCCUUAUUGAGUUGGUGUUUAGAAGCAGCUAGUGGAUUUUAUUUGACACUAUUGCAAGAAAUUUGUACAGCCUUUGACUUAGAUCUACCAUUCAGACGGAAAGGCUAUGUUUACGGUUGUACUUCACCAUGGAAAGCUGUUGAAAAAUUAUCAACACCUCACAAAUCAUCUUGUUUUUAUGCGUGCCAAUAUUGCCUUGUACACUUAGGAGACAUUGCUCGUUACAGAAAUGAAAGCCAACAAGCUGAAUUAUUUUACAGACAUGCUGUAUCAUUAUCACCAACAAGUGGACAGCCAUAUAACCAAUUAGCUCUUCUUGAAACAUCACGUGGAGAUAAAUUAGGAACUGUAUUUCAUUAUGCACGUUCUGUUACUGUGAAACAUCCAUUUCCUGUAGCAACAGCUAAUCUUGCGAAAACUUUAUCGUCUGCAUUAAAUGAUCAUUCUUAUAAUAUUGAAGGAAAAACUAAAUUAAGUGCGCAAGAAUAUGUGACGGUGUUUUUAAAACUUCACGGCAUUAUACAUAAUCUUGGAGAUUUAAAAAUUGCAUCCUCAUAUGUUAAAUUAUUAACAGAGACAUUAACAGCAUUGGUAGCUACUGAAAGUUUUAGCUCAUGGAUGCUUGUACAAAUGUUGGUGAUAAAUUUAUAUGCUCUUCAGCAUACGACAGGAAUUGCUUCAGAUGCAGCCGAAUUCUUCAAAACUGACCAAUUGUCUACCGAUGAAAAACUUGCUAAAAAUUGUAUUUUAGAUUUUAUUUCUGGCAGUUUAGCUGCAUUGUUGUUACCUGUCUAUACUAUCAAAAAUCACAUUGUUGAAUAUUUUGCUUUACCUUCCAUAAAACUGUGCCUUGAUUGGAUUCGCAUAAAUCCUACAGUUUUGGAAGAGACAGCAUUUACUUCUAGACUACAAAUUUGGCCCAGUCUUUGUGUUCUAUUAAAUGCUUUGCAACAAUCCAUUGUGGAUUUUAAAUAUGAUCAAUAUAUUAAAGUACCACUGCCAGAAGAUCGGGACUUGCAAGGCUUCCUACCGUUAGAAAAAAGUUUUGAAAAUUUAAAAUUCACAAAUACUGAUAUUGUAGAUGACAUCGCAACAUUAAAUAAGCUUCGUGCUGUCCGUUUAAUUCAAUUGGGGCACUUUUUAACGCAAUACCAAAUUAAUGGAUCUCCCUUAAUAGCCAUUGUAAUGGGUGACCAAGCUGAAGCAAAUAGAUUUAUACCGCUGAGUGAAGGUACUGGUCCAAGUAAUGAGUUAAUGAAAGAACUUGAGGAACUCAGCUUAAGUAAGGAAAAACCAGUUAUACCGGCUAGUCCUGUAUUAUCUGAAUCAGCUAGUAGUAAAGGAUCUGCAGAAAUUGAUAUAACAGAAAAUGCUCAGGAACGAAGAGUAGGCAUUCUAAAGCCACAAGGCUCUUUAGAGCGAAAUAGAGAUUCAAUAAGUAAUACAACUGAUACUAAUAUUGUUGAGCUAAAUUCUUUGCCUUCAACUCGAAAACCAAGGCAAAAUAUUGCAAUGCAAGCUAUAAUGCGACGUGCAGAAACAGAACAAAAGCAAGUUACAUUUAAAAAUGUUUCACCAGUAUGUAUCGAAGAAGAAAGUGAUAAAGUAAAAACAACUACGACUGCUUCUCCAAUUAAACCUACAGGAAAUAAGAACAUUCCAAUAACUACAGAACCAACAAAAGUGAAUACAAAUACAUUAAGCACUGUUCAAAAUAGACUUCCACUAAUGCCAUGUGCUACGGUUGCAAUCCAAAGUCAACCUAUAACCAAUUCAAAUCAAUUAAAAUCUACAAAAAUACAACCGGCACCACAGGUUAAUCAAGUUCCUUCUCAAGAACAAUCUUCAGAUACAUUACUGCAAGCAUCCGGCCUAUCUCAAUUUGGCCAGCAGUCACAAACCUUGGGAUCACUUUGUUAUCAAAGUCAAUCUUUUAAUGUACAGAAUCCACAAUUUACAAAAAACUUUAUGUCUGGACACAUAGCAAAUAUGCCAAAUUAUGCACUACAGGGACAACUUAACAAAACACCUCCGGCAAUGGCUCAAAAUUUGGGUGUACAGCAUAUCAUGAAUCAGAACAGACCACUUCUUCAAAGAAUGGUACAAAAUGUACCUCAAAAUUCAUUAUUGCAGCAAAAUGUAGGAAUAUCGUCUACUGCACAGCAAAGUAUUAUGCCAAACAUAUCUCAAAAUAUGUAUGUACAACAAACUGCAAAUACUGGUCUACAACAAAAUAUAAACAUAAAUCGACAACAGCAAAAUCACAAUUUAGGUAUUCAACAACCAAAUAUUAUUCCAAAUAAUGUAAGAUCAAAUGGAAUAUCUACACAAAAUCAGAUUAACAUGCCUGCGACAAGCAUUGCAAACAAUAUUUCUACAAUACCAACAUUGAAUACAUAUCAAAAAAAUCUACAAGUUGCUAAUAUUACAAGCAUACCAAACACUUCAUUAAGCCCAAAUAAUAUAACAAAUUAUCAACUUAAUUUUAAUCAGGGUAUUUAUACUCAGAAUAAUUUUAGCCAUGCAUCGCAAAAACAAUUAUCGCCAACAAUGUAUAACAAAAAUACUGACAUUGUAGACUUUCCUUUUUCAAAUCAAAUUGCUACACCUAAAAAUCAGCAGCAGUCUACAAGUAAUUAUCCAGUUUACCAAAAUUUUGAAUCUACUGACUUUGGUUUGUGGAAAGAUACUCAACCUCCUCAACCACCAGUAGCUUGGUGGGGAGCUGCAAGAGGAACACAAAUGCAUAAGGAUUCAUGCACUGCAGAUACUUUCCAAAAUUGGAAUAAUGUACCUAAUAAUUCUGGGAACAUGAAUAAUAGAUCUUUAAUGUCAAGUAACAAUUACCAACACAAUUCUAUACCUGAUAGACAUUUUGGAACUGGAAGUAAUUUUGAAGACUCUAGAGCAUAUGAGGUGGAUCAGAAGCCCGUGCAAUCAACCACAACUGGAAAUACUUAUUCUCUAUUUAGUGGCAAUACAUGGGGUUCUGGUUCUCAAAUAUCUAAUCCUUCAAGUCAAGAUCAAAUGAAGACUAGGCUUAAUCAACAGUCUUUAUGGUCUGGACCCGGACCUUCUCCUUUGGAACGACUUCUUGAACAACAAAAGUCAUUGCGUGAAGGAGGUACUUGAAGGAAAAUUCUAUAAUUAUUAAAGAAGCAAAUGAGAAACUGAUUUUGUACCUAACAUAACAGUUAGGUAAUCAGACAAAUAUAGUAAUGUUACUAUGGUAAGAUCACUACACUGAACAAACAUGUGUUAAAGUCUUUAAAAAAUGUAGAAGAAUACAGAGGAGAAAAGGAAAGUGUAGAUAAAUUAAAUCACACGUCCAGAGCGUUAUGAAACACGCUCAAAAAAGUAAUUUUCAUUAUUGUCUAUUAGUUGCAUACAGUGCAUUAACAGUGAGUAUGAAAACUCCAGUACAACACAUGGGGCUGUUCGAAGAUGCUUAUGUUAAAUUUAAUGGGAUGUAAACAAAAAAUGAAAACACAUUUCUAUUGAUAAAAAUUUAACUUAAACAAAAUUCAAUCAUUUUUUAAAUAUGUCAAUUGGUUUUAGAGAGAGUAUCAAUGUUAUAUUAAUAUACAGAUUAUGUAGUUACGCUAAUAUUAUAUAAUAAUUAAAGCUAUUCACAUUAGAUCAUUUUAGUUUGUCACAUUUGAAAUAUUGUACUUUAUUUUCAGAAAUACAAAUUCUGUGAACAAAGUAUUGUGUAACGAACUAUAAUUUACUUGGUA